GUUCCGUCUGCGUUGACCUCAGUGGAGCAGCAGUGAUGGAGGACAGCAUCAGCAGCUAGCAUGUCUCCUUCUCUGCAGACUCAUGUUGUGUAGUUGGUGUGUGAGAAUGUGUAGGAGGUUCACACACACACAGUCUGCAGUCCGCUACCCGCCCACGUUACCAGAGGGGUCAGAUGAGAGUUGAGGUAUGUAGCUGUAGUUCUGCUCUCAUCCGCAGGUCAGUCCUGUGUUAACACAACAAACACACACACACACACAUCUACUCACACGAGCAGCAGCAGCAGGACAGACCCAGACUCAGCCUCCAUGGCGGCCCCUCCUCGCUUCCCCGGCGGGAAGAGUGUGGACGGUUCCCCGGCUAACUGGAGCGGCCCGGCAGCCCUGAGCAGACCGCUGUGUGUCAACGGGACCCCGUGGAUCCUCUACCUGCUGGAGGAGUGUGUGGACAAUGUGUGGGAGUACUGCAGCGUGGUGAUAGGACUCGUAUCCAUGUUCUGCUUCCUGCUGUCCACUCUACCGCAGGUCUACGAGGCCUACCGUAAUGGUAACGUGGAGGAGGCCAUGUCUUUUGGCUUCCUCUUCUUCCUCUUCAGUGGCGACGUGACCAGUUUUGCAGGCUGUUACCUCACCAGCCAGCUGCCUAUUCAGACUGUUACAGUGGUGUUCUACAUCUUCACAGACGUGAUCCUCAUCUCCCAGUUCCUGUACUAUAAGAUUAAGAACAGCUCCAGCAGAAAGACCCCCGGGCUGAAGUGGCUGUGCUCCAUGUGGUGUGUUGCUGCUACAUUAGUCCUCCUGGCUUUACCCAAGCUCAUCAUUGACAAUAGUGCCAAUUUAGACCCCCAGAGUCCAGCUGCCUCUAAAGCAGUAGAAAUCACUGGCUACAUAUGUGGGUACCUGGCGUCUGUCUUCUACCUCUGCUCCCGUUUACCCCAGCUCUAUAAAAACUUCCGGCGACAGUCCACGGAGGGGACCUCUUACAUGUUGUUCGCCCUGGCCAUGAUGGGCAAUGGGACAUACGGGUUGAGCGUCAUCGUGGUGCUACCUGCGCUGAAGGGCUCCAAACAGACGUUCAUCAUUAAACAUCUGGCCUGGCUCAUUGGCAGCCUGGGAGUCCUCAUACUGGACUUCUUUGUAACUGCCCAGUUCAUUGUGUACAGAAAAAACAACCCUGCUAAAAGCAAAACGCUGCUCAGCGUCCCAGAGGUGGAGCCUCUUCUGUGUGAGGAGGAGGAGCUGUCAGUGCUAUAGGAAACAGUACGGACACCGACUUAGUCAAGAAGAGACUGGGAGCGAACACACCCACAGGAGGAAGCUUCGAGUCAGAUGUCUUUAAACAGAUGCAAGCUUUAUGGAAGAACAAAGUGCCUGUACACAUUUUGAUGAGGUAUAUACAACUGUAGCAGAUUGGACAAGGAUUUUUUUUUUUCUCAAAUCGUCGACAAAUCGUUUGUGUGCUCCUGGUUUUCUUUUCUGCUUGGUUAGCUGUGGCUGAAGGGAAAUUGUCACAAUCAAAAUAUUAGCUCACUAGACUUGUGUUUUCAAUGCAUUAGAAUUAGACAGGAUAUAGAUGUGUACAGGAUUCAAAGGGAUCAUCUCUGCUUUCCUUAAGGUGCCUUUUAUAAGCUGAAUAUAGUCUUAUAAUAUAAAUGCACUGUAUAUCUAUUUGUGUGUGUAGACAGUAACAUUAACUGUUUUAAGUUUCCUCUUAAUGGCGUUUUGGGUUAGGGUUUUCUAAGACAUUACUAUUCAACAAUGAUAGAUCUAAAAAUAGGAACAUUAUUAUGAUUUUAUGGAGAUACUUUUAAAAGUGACGAGCCUCAAAAUGUUUGUACUCUGUCAUAAGGUUUAAACAGAAGCGGCUCAUGUCAAGUCUAACUUUUUUUCUUUUUUUUUAACACCCCUCCAAUGUUAACUUCAUUAAAGAGUAAUGCUUGACAAAUAGAUGAUGACAAUAAAGGCGAUAAAAAACAAACGAUAACAAAUGGAUGUUCCAUUGAUGAGCAGUUCAAGUCGAGAAAAUAUGGAUUUAGAUAAUUAACUAAACUAAUGGCUGUUCAAUGUUGUUCUAAAUCUUGUGACACAGUGUGUGGGAAGCUGUGUCACAGUUUGAGCAACUAUUGAACUACUAGUACUGUACCUGAGAUCUGCAGAUUCGUCUACCUCAUUAUUCUAUGGACAUGUUUAUUACUCCCAGCGUUUCAUUGUGAGCUGGCCUGAAAUCUGGCCACUUUGCUCAGGAAAAUUAAUUUAGCGUUAAAUUUGAAAAUUUGAAAAUUCUAAUUUAUUCAACAACAUCAACCCUGCUGUUUCAGUUUUGAAAUAUACUUUCCUCAGUCUCACCAAAUAAACCUGAGCAACAUGAUUGACCUUUUUUCUAGUCUCAGAUGGAGAUGCAAUAAUGUGAAUUGAUGUAAAUUCUAUAGGAUUUGUUAAGACUUUGUUACUAAUUAAUUUGUUUCUGUAGUAAAUCUAGUUUUUGCUAAUUAUUUUUAUAUUGCACAAUUUAUACUUCAAUACCUUCUGAAUGAGUCUGAUGUACUUUUUCAAUCCAGCACAAAUAAUUUGCUAUUUAUUGAAUAUACUGCCACUAUAAACUAUGCUGUAUUUAUAAUACUGUAGUUUUUUACUUUAAUGGUGAUGUAUUGAUGUAUUUAUUUUCUUAUAACAUGUUCUUACAGAUGUGCACAUGAACAAAUACAUUGUAUUGCAUUCUGAGCUCUGUGACAUGAUGUUUCCUGACAAUGUCUUCUAAAUGAGAACAACACAAACAUUUACUGUAUGUAGCCUAUAUGGAACAAAAGUUGAAUAUGAUAUCUGACUGUUGAUUUUGUGUGAAUAUAAAGAGAACACUGACACACAAAAAAGCAAGUAUCAUCUGCUCAUUUUAACAUAUAUUCAAGUUAUAUUAAGUAUGACGGAUUGUUUUUUUUACACUUUCCACAAACAUUAACCUACACUGAACAUGUAAGUUUAUUUAGUUAAUACAUCCCAAAUUAUUACUCAAAUGGUUAAAAUAUUUAUCCUAAAGGGAAAAUUCAUGACUUCAGUUUGAAUUGUUUGUAUGCUUAUGAUUAAGGUUAUUUAUUUAAAAGGGACAAAUCGCAUAAUGUGAAAAUGUGCCAUAUUUAGCCACCCAGGCUACUUUUCAUCUGCAGUUCCUUGCAGAUUGAUAAUAAAACAAUACACAUAAACGUUUAUAUAAAAGCACAAAAGUACAAGCCACAAGGCAAAAUAGAGUCAGGGUUUGUAGUGAUCAGAGGAUGGGGCCACAGUAUCAAGGUCCUGUCAAUACACAAUAACUAAGUAAAAGUCUCCUCACAUCUUAUAUUACAUCUGAAAUACUCCUGUAGGUAUUUAGUGGUUUUGAUUACCCACAGCUCUUUGUGGAAAUGUUUUGUUUAUAAGGAUACAAUCUAUUUUAUGUAGAAUUUGGAUGCAAACCUUUCUGAAAGUGUCAGAUUAUUCUGGGAAAAUAUUACAUCCAUACUUAGGCAGUAACCCUUCCUUAAUGUAUAUAUGCAUAACCUUGUCAACUAUUUUAUGUCAUUGAAAUGUAUCGGUAAAAUA